AUGCCGGCUUCAUUCUCACCCAGGGCCCAGCGAGGCUCCGAGAGAAGUAGUCGUCGAACGAGCCGAGUGUUCGGUCGUGUGAGAACUGGUUGUCUUACCUGUCGCCACCGCAAGAAGAAAUGUGACGAAGAAAAACCACAAUGUUUAUCGUGCGCCCGAAACAAGCUUGACUGUUCUUGGCCCCCGCAUAUAACUCGAACAUUCGGGCUUGAUGGUAAACAGAGGAGUUAUUGUGACCAAGUCACCUCCAAGACUAGCCUAAUCAGUUGUGAUGGGUUGGCAGAGGCAUAUUCAUCUCCUGUCAGCGAGGCUCAUGGCACUUCUCCUGAAACAGAGGACAAGGACGAACCCGACAUCCCCAACGACAACAUUGUCUGGUCACGAGAACUGAGCACAUUCUUGAGUCCGAGGCGAGCAGGGAUGCUUCUACCGGCCUCGCAAGUUCUUUUAUCGCAUUACAUCGAAAAGACAGGUCCUUUGUUAGCUACCGCCCCGGCGCAAAACAUCCCAUUCGUUUCAUGGAUCAUGCCCAUCGCUUAUAACGACGAUCUUCUCAUGCACAGUAUCCUUGCAUUGAGUGGAGCACAUUUAUCAUUCAAGUCACAGGAACAGACUGAACUUCAGCAAGCUACUUACCAGCACUAUUGCUUGGUAUUGCGAACCCUUCGGCGUAUAUCCAAAGAUGAAGCUCUUCUAGAAGAGCCCCUGGCUUUGCUUAGGGUGUCUUUGACUUUAGUUAUUCUAUGUCAUUAUGAGACCCUCUCCGGAGACUUGAAUGGUUCUCUGUUCAUCCACCUUCGCGCCAGUCGGCAUUUAAUUCUUAAACUACAAAGCAAGCAGCGCGAAUUCAAGACAGGAGAGGAGCGCAAGCUCUAUGGAUUCAUAAUGGAAGUCUAUUCCUAUCUCGUUUUAUCCAACAACAUCACCCCGUUCGGAAUGAACCAAGACAGGGCACUUAUCCAUGACACAUUUCUUCAAUCACUUGAUGAUCUCAACGAAUUUGGGGCCUUUGGUGUCAUGUUUGGUGGUGUACAUGGUCUUUUCGAGCUGAUCUCCCAAAUUUCCUUCUUUGCUGCGCAGCAUGGGUGCCUCAGUGAAUACCCGGAUCCCGACAGCUUCGGUAUCUACAAUAGUUUAAUAAAGACAACCGUGAAUUGGAAUCCUCCAGCUACAGAGCACGCCGGCGCCUGGGACUCAGAGCGAACAGCAACACUCGAAGUAUACCGAUACGCCCUGCUAAUCUUUUUGGAGUCCACGGUGUCUCCAGUUUCGAAGCACAACGCUCUGAGAAUUUCUCACUUGCAGUCUCACAUCGAUAUAGCCAUGUCUCAUCUACCACAGAUUUUAACUACGAAUUACUCCUGCAUUUUAAUGUGGCCCCUGAUUAUUAUUGGCUCUUGCCUUGUUAAAGAGAAACAGCGCAAGGUUUUGAAAGACAAGCUUUCGCACAACAAGUACUUGAUGAGAAACACAGUCGUGGCGAGCUGGCUUUUGGAAUUACUUUGGGCUGAUAAUGAUGAAUACUCCAUUGGUCCCUAUGGGCUUGGUUUGCUGAUGGGAAAGCACGGAUAUAACUAUGGUGUUGUGUAA